UGACCAGAAGAACUUCUCCGGCACCACUCAGUCUCAACCAGGCGGAGGCCAUAGACAUCAUCAAGAUUUCAAUCGACCAUCGUCAUCUGAGAGCUGGGGCCUGGGACUUGGAUCACGACCUCUUUCCAGAAUAGGUUUUAAGUUUGUCCAUUUAGUUUAGCCAGGUUAUCGUUAAUUUAACAGCUGGCUGGCUGGGUUAAACUAAAUCAACUCGGACUGUACUCCCUUGAGCUUCGUACAUAAUCCCACCUGACCCUCCCCCUCCCCUCAUCUCCGCUGCCUUCAGACUCUGCUCUUCCCCCUCGUUGUACCGUCUCCCCUCAGAGUCAACAGCGUCAUAACCAUACAUAAAACUUAGAACUUGUCUUUUAUAGAACCGACGUAGCUUCUUCCAACUUAAUCCGACCAUCAUCCAAUCAUGAGAGAAAUCGUUCAUCUUCAAACCGGUCAGUGCGGUAACCAAAUCGGUGCUAAAUUCUGGGAGGUUGUCUCCGACGAACACGGUAUCGCUACCGAUGGCCAAUACAAGGGUACCACCGAUCUCCAGCUCGAGAGAAUUAGCGUCUAUUACAAUGAAGUCGCCACCAACAAAUACGUACCCCGUGCGGUACUGAUAGAUUUGGAGCCCGGAACCAUGGACUCGGUCCGAUCUGGCGCGUUUGGUUCCCUGUUCCGCCCCGACAACUUUGUGUUCGGACAAUCGGGUGCUGGUAACAACUGGGCCAAGGGUCAUUACACUGAGGGUGCCGAAUUAGUCGACUCCGUACUAGAUGUCGUCCGUAAGGAAGCCGAGGGAUGCGACUGUCUUCAAGGUUUCCAGAUUACCCACUCCCUCGGUGGUGGAACCGGAGCCGGAAUGGGCACGUUGUUGAUCUCGAAGAUCCGAGAAGAAUUCCCUGAUCGUAUGAUGGCCACCUUCUCUGUCGUCCCCUCGCCCAAGGUGUCUGAUACCGUCGUUGAGCCUUACAACGCGACUUUGUCGGUCCACCAACUGGUCGAAAACUCUGAUGAAACCUUUUGUAUCGACAACGAGGCCCUUUACGACAUCUGCUUCCGUACCCUGAAGUUGGCCACACCGACCUACGGUGACCUCAAUCACUUGGUCUCGAUCGUGAUGAGUGGGAUCACCACUUGUCUUCGAUUCCCCGGCCAACUGAACUCGGACCUCCGCAAACUGGCUGUCAACAUGGUUCCUUUCCCUCGAUUGCACUUCUUCAUGGUCGGAUUCGCUCCGCUUACCGCUCGUGGAAGCCAACAGUACCGAGCCAUCACCGUCCCCGAGUUGACCUCGCAAAUGUUUGAUGCCAAGAACAUGAUGGCGGCCUCAGACCCCAGACACGGCCGAUACUUGACCGUCGCCGCUUACUUCCGUGGUAAGGUCUCCAUGAAAGAGGUCGAAGAGAACAUGCUGUCCGUUCAGAGCAAGAACUCGAACUACUUUGUUGAGUGGAUUCCAAACAACGUCCAAACCGCCCACUGUGACAUCGCUCCUCGUGCACACAAGAUGUCCGUGACUUUCAUCGGUAACUCGACCGCCAUCCAAGACUUGUUCAAGCGAGUGGCCGAUCAAUUCACGGCCAUGUUCAGGCGUAAAGCUUUCCUGCAUUGGUACACCGGAGAGGGAAUGGACGAGAUGGAAUUCACGGAAGCAGAAUCUAACAUGCAGGAUCUGGUUGCCGAGUACCAACAGUACCAAGAGGCUCACUUGGAUGAUGAUGAAGAAGUUGAAGAGGCUUAUGAAGAUGAAGCCCCACCUGAAGAGUGAAGUCGUAGUUAGUGUCUCGCCGAAGGAGAUUGUAAGAAAACAAUAAUAACAAUCUUCGCGUAAUUUGACUUGAAUCAACUGUUUUUCUCUACAAUUUGGUCCAAGGAAGAGAGCAAACCAAGUGAAUUCCAAGUCCUUUGUGAUCGUUUCCUUUUUUUAAGUUCUAUGUUAUUUCCUUGUUCUUGAAGCAUAGAUUCCAAUAAAAUGAGACGGAAGGUUAGCCAAUAGGCAUAUGGCAUACCAAGAAAAAAUCUUAUGAAUCAUUAACAAAUCGCGUUUUGUCUUAUUGUUAUUACGUUCUCUUUGUUCCUUUCGUUCCCCCCUCCCUCUUUCCCCUUCUCUUGCUUGCGUCGGUGGGAAUGAGUCCUUAAUUCUAUCCAAGCCGUUUUUUUUCCCUUUCUUCCCCUUCAGAUCACUUCCGCAGUUAAGAACACCCACUCGCUUCUUUUGAA